UUCCAGAGCGGCUUCGCCACUUUACCUUCCUGCCAGCUUUGCACCAGAGUUCCCUUUUCCUCUGCAGCCUUCCUAACACUCGCUCUCUGCUGUCUUUUUGGUAAGAGCCACGUUGACAGGUGUGAGGUGCUAUCUUCCUGAGGUUUUGAUGUGCUUCCCUGCUGACUGAUGAGGAAACAGAGACACUAAGAAGCUUUAAGCUGUUUGCCCAAGGGCACCACAGCCGGGAUCCAUGCCAGGCUUAAUGACGGCAGAGCCUGCUCUCACCUCUCUGAGGCUCAAUCCCUCCAUGGGAAACUGGAUGGAGAAUCAAAUUGUGGCCGUUGCCAUCGUCCUGAUCACUAAAGGUGUCUCCAUCACGCUACUCUUCUCUUUUACCGCCUCCCGGAAGUAAAAACUACAUUUCCCUUGAGCGCCCACAGACGUCGACGUCGCGCAGUUCUUUGUCGUCGCGCAGCGCUCUUUAUACGCACUUCCGGCCACUCGCCCCUUCUUUUUCUUUCGGCUGCGCGCGGCGGCAAGAUGGCGGUGCAGAUUUCCAAGAAGAGGAAGUUUGUCGCUGAUGGCAUCUUCAAAGCUGAACUGAAUGAAUUUCUUACUCGGGAGCUGGCUGAAGAUGGGUACUCCGGAGUUGAAGUUCGAGUUACACCAACUAGGACAGAAAUCAUUAUCUUGGCCACCAGGACACAGAAUGUUCUUGGUGAGAAGGGCCGGAGGAUCCGGGAAUUGACUGCUGUGGUUCAGAAGAGAUUUGGCUUCCCUGAGGGCAGUGUAGAGCUUUAUGCAGAAAAAGUGGCCACAAGAGGUCUGUGUGCCAUUGCCCAGGCAGAGUCUCUGCGAUACAAACUCCUCGGGGGCCUUGCUGUGCGGAGGGCCUGCUAUGGUGUGCUGCGGUUCAUCAUGGAGAGUGGGGCCAAAGGCUGCGAGGUCGUGGUGUCUGGGAAACUUCGAGGACAGAGAGCUAAAUCCAUGAAGUUUGUGGAUGGCUUGAUGAUCCACAGUGGGGACCCUGUUAACUACUACGUUGACACCGCCGUGCGCCAUGUGCUGCUCAGACAGGGUGUGCUGGGGAUCAAGGUAAAGAUCAUGCUGCCUUGGGACCCAACUGGUAAAAUUGGCCCUAAGAAGCCGCUGCCUGACCACGUGAGCAUUGUGGAACCCAAAGAUGAAAUACUGCCCACCACCCCCAUCUCCGAACAGAAGGGUGGGAAGCCAGAGCCACCCGCCAUGCCCCAGCCAGUACCCACAGCAUAAUAGGGUCUCCUUGGCAGCUGGAUCUGGAGUCUGGAUGUUGUUCUGUAAAGACAUUUAAUAAAAUCUUUUCAAAAGACA